AUGGGCGCGUUGACAGUCUGCCUCUUCCUCUACGUCCUCCUCGUCCCGUGGAUCAGAGGGCUCCCGCCAGACUACCGCUCCUGGCGCCAAUCCGGCGAACUCUCCAAGGUCAUCCCAAUGCUCACAGCGUCGAUCGUGACCGGCUGGUCCUCGCUGUCGUUUACGCUCGCCCGGUGGUCCGGGCUCGGAUUUAUGGAGGGCAUCAUAGGCGCCUCCGGCGUCUACGCACUCGCCUUUGGCCUCCUCGGCCUCCUCCCCGCCCCCCGCGUCCGCCGCAGAUAG